UUUUUCCAAUCUCAGAAGACAGUACCUGAAGCCAGGGGACAUCAGCCAUGCACCAAACAACUUUGCCUCAGGAAUCAGUGACCUUUGAGGAUGUGGCUGUGUACUUUACCCAGAAUCAGUGGACCUUCCUGGAUUCCACACAAAGGAUACUGUACAGUGAGGUGAUGCUGGAGAAUUAUGCAAAUGUGGCGUCCUUGGCAUUUCCACUCUCCAAACCUAUAUUGAUUUCCAAGCUGGAGAAAGGGGAAGCACCGUGGGUCCCUGAUCCCUGGGAAGCAAAGCUAUGGAGACGUGUCUGUCCAGGUGGUGAGUCCUGCAGCAAGAAAGACGCGCCAACAGUGAAGCAGGAAGCCUCUGAAGAAGCAGAAUCUCACAGCAUGCCAGUAGGAGGGUGCCUCAGAAAUGUUUCUCAGCACUUUGACUAUAAAAGCAAGACAGUGUGGCAGACUUUCAGCCUGAAUCCGAAUCUGAUACUUCGAGGUGGAAUGAAGUUCUAUGAAUGUAAAGAAUGUGGGAAAAUCUUCAGAUAUAACUCAAAGCUUAUUCGACAUCAGGUGAGUCAUACUGGGGAAAAGCCCUUCAAGUGUAAGGAAUGUGGCAAAGCUUUCAAGUCCAGCUACGACUGUAUUGUACAUGAAAAAAAUCACAUUGGAGAAGGGCCCUAUGAAUGUAAGGAGUGUGGCAAAGGUUUGAGUUCCAACACAGCCUUGACUCAACACCAGAGGAUCCACACAGGAGAGAAACCCUACGAAUGUAAGGAAUGUGGAAAAGCUUUCCGCAGGAGUGCAGCAUAUCUUCAGCAUCAGAGGCUACACACUGGGGAGAAGCUCUAUAAAUGUAAGGAAUGCUGGAAAGCUUUCGGUUGUAGGUCACUCUUUAUUGUUCACCAGAGAAUCCACACUGGGGAGAAGCCUUAUCAGUGUAAGGAGUGUGGCAAGGCGUUCACUCAGAAGAUUGCCUCCAUUCAUCAUCAGAGAGUUCACACUGGAGAGAAACCUUAUGAAUGUAAGGUGUGUGGGAAAGCCUUCAAAUGGUAUGGCAGUUUUGUGCAGCAUCAGAAAUUGCACCCUGUGGAAAAGAAGCCUGUCAAGAUGCUUCAACCGCCCCUCACGAGUCCCCAGUGUCCCUCUUCAGCCUUAUCACCAUUUCCUCUACGGGGUCCAUGCUCUGCCCCAGCUCUGGCUGUGCCAGCACUGACCUUCCCACAUGCUGUGGUCAUUCCUACCUCAGGGCCUUUGUUCAUGCUGCUACCCACAGCUGGAGUACCCUCUUCACCUCUCCAAAUAGUUCGUGUCUUCCAGAGUCUUACUGCGACUGUAAAACCAUCCACGAUUAUUCUGACCCCUUCUUCUCACUCAUCAUGAGCUUUAUUUUGACAGUUCUAUGGCUCUUAGACCCAGCAAAUCUCCAACCUAAUUUGGGUUUCAUUUAUAUUUUCCUUUUAUGUGCUAUAACUGUUUCAGCAGAAACACACUUAAAAGACUAUAUACAUGUAUGUUCUCUUUCCUCCCGGGUAGGACAUGGAAAUACUUUACCUUUGUUAUUGAUUUCUUUCAGUAACAAUAGUGGUUGUAUCUGCAUUGUUGGGUUGCUGGUGUAAGAAGUGGAUACUUCUUUGUGUUAGAAGUUAGAGAGCGAGCAUCCUUGUAGUAGCCAUUGUGAUUAGAGAAGAAUAAGCUGGGAGAAAUGGAGGAGGUGUGCAAACCUGUGGGACUUGGUAAUGGGAAUAUGCUUUCAACAAUGAUUGUUCCGUGGGCUAAGAUGAUUUAUAAAUGCAAGUGGAGUUGCAUUUCCCUUGGCAUGGAUCCUUAAGGAAGGCAUAUGUCUAUGCAAAAGAUCAUGUGAAAAAUAAUAUGUAUACAGUAAUAGCAAUCA